UGGAUCUGGGCGGCCACUGAGAACCGCCGCGUUCUCUACUACUCGACUGGGUGGAAAUGGAAUCGUCCGCGGUGGGGGCUUCCUACGGCCAGCUCCUCGAGAAGACGCGCCUCCCGGCGCCCUCCUUCCAGCGCCUCGCCGUCACCACCCUCUUCCGUAAGCUCCGAUCCCCGUCUCCUCCUCUCGGACUCGACUCCGCCCCCGCUGCCCGCGAUGCCCUCGCCACCUGCCUCGCCUCCCCUGCCGCCCCCGUCGCAGACCAGGCUGUCCGAGAGCUCUGCCUCCUCGUCAAGGACGGACUCCUCACGGCAUCCCAAGGCCUCAUUGAGCUCCACGCCGCGCUCGAAGGCUGCCCUCCUGUCUUCGUCCCGCUCUUCGUCAAGGGAAUCGGCUUCCUGGUCCGUUUCGCCUCCUCUUCCGAUCUCUCUUGGGGCCGCAGAUUUGACCCCGUUGAGCUGCACCCUUUCGUCAAGGUGCUCUUAUGUCGAGUAGAAGUGCACCAGGAACUCAUUAACCAAGUUUUGCUAUAUAUAGUGCAAAGCAAAUCACUUGGAAUGGUGACUGUCGUAGUGUUCUUGCGGCCGUUUCUCCUGUUCUCGAUUCUUCAUACUUCCUCUACCGCAUCAUCUUUUACACGUGAUUUGAUAUCUUCAAUAGUAUCGAUCUUGUGUUCAUUUCCAUCAGAAUCUAUUGCCAUAUUGAAACUUCUUGUAGGGUGCCUAAAGUACUUCCCCCACACCAAUGAUGAGGAAUCCAAGUGCUUGUUGGUUUCUGCUGAAUAUUUGGUCGAUGCACUUGUUGUGAUUAUGAGGCAAAUGAGUUGUUCAAUGAUAAACUCUGAUGCCACUAUUUGUUGUAAUAAUCUGCUAGAGAAUCUUUUGUCUUUGUGUAUUCUCCCUGGUAAGCCUUGGGGUGGAACUGAAACUAUUCUUGAACUGUCAAAGCGACUUUUGGCAGCACAAAGAGAGCUUGGUUUACCAUUUCUGUCUGAGCAUGCUAUGGUUACUGUUUUUGUUUCCAUCGUACUUUCCAAGGUGGAAUUUGAACAUGAGCACCUCUCUGCUUUGAAGCUUUUAACUUAUCUAUACAAUUGGAAGAAUGAAAGCGAAAAUAACAACAAAAGAACCUUUUGCUACUAUGGUGAAGAGCUUCUAUACAUUUUCCCUCUUAUCAAUCUUUUGUCUUCUCCUUCUCGAUCUGUUAAAACUUUAGCAUCUCAGUUACUUUCAAGAGCUACCAGAAUAGUUUUGGACUUGGCUGUUGAUCUGGGAAGUGUUCAGAUUCCUCCUGCUCAAACCUCCAUGGGACUGGGAUCUGUUCUUCUAAGGCUUUGGCAUCAUCUUUGGUUCCAGGAGCAAUUUUGUUCUCCGUGUUCAUUUCUCAUUGGAGAUGGUGGCAAUUUCCAUUCUGGGCAUAAAUUGAAUUGCAGGGAAAAAAUGUAUUGGACUUUCCAACUAAAAGAGUAUCUCUCAACUGUUGCAAGUCAGAAUUUUGGCUCAAUCCCUCAAUUGCCAGAAAGUUUCUUCAGAGGAUCUACUUCAUUACUGAGCUAUAUGGCUUCCAUUUUGCUCUUUCAUCCUAGAUUUAGAGUGUCUGCUGUUGACUCUUUGGCAGCGAUAAGUUCAUUAGACCAUAAACUGGGUAUUCCUUUUCUGUUAACGGUUCUCUUCCACAGUAAUAUGAUAUGCAGAAAUGAUUGUAACUCUCCUGAGUUAUUUAUCAGACUUUUGGAAAUGCUUCCAUCACUUGCCACACAUUCUACUAUGGUUCCACUUAUUUUACAAACCUUGUUGCCAAUGCUUCAUGCACAUUCAAAGCCAGUAUUAUAUGGGACAGGUGUUCGCCUUCUUUGUAAAAUGUGGGUUGUCAACGAUUUGGCCUUUGGAACUAUGCAGGGUCUUCUGGAACCCAAAGCAUUUUCUCACUUCACUUCUCAGAGAGAAAUUUGUAUUAGUCUUGCUGCUUCAGUGCGUGAUGUUUGUAGUCAUAAUCCUGACAGGGGCGUUGACUUGAUCCUGUCCAUCUCGUCAUUAAUUGAGAACCCAGAUUCUGUUGUGCAUGCUCUUGGGUUGGAAAGCCUCGCUUAUCUUUGUGAUGCAGAUGUAAUUGAUUUUUACACAGCUUGGGAUGUUGUUUCAGACCAAUUGCUUGACUAUUCCAGGUCCCCUAUUGUUGCUCAUAGCUUAUGCAUCUUGUUAAGGUGGGGAGCAAUGGAUGCUGAAGUUUAUUCUAAAGCUUCAAAAAGUAUUAUCAAUAUCUUGUGGGAAAUUGGAACAUCUAGGAGAGAGAACUAUGAAUCUCCAUGGGUUAAAGCACAGGAAGCUGCAUUUGAGUCAUUGUCUCAUUAUGAGGUUAGAAAUGUUCAGGAAGCUAUUCCAGAAUUCAAGAGGAAAAAUUUAGAGCUACUUGUUUCUGAAAAUAAUGUGAAAUUACUCAAUGGCAUGGAGAAGCUUGAAGUCAAGAUUUUAGAAUUUGAACACAUAAACCGGCGUAGAGCACUUAAACAAAAAAGAGUUGCAGUGCAUAAAGUUGAAAAAUUACUAGAUGUUUUUCCUCAAGCAAUUUUUUUACAAGGAAAGCUGGAAGCUGCUGAAUUACCUGGUGCAGCUCUAUCAACCCUUGUUUUUACUCCCAAGGAAUUGAAUUCCCAAGCAACAACUAAGGAUUUGCGGAAAGUACAUGUUGCAUAUGAGAGAGCACUGGUGGAAAUUGCUGAGUCUCUUCAUGUAUCAAGAAACAUUUUCAUCGCACUUCUUGCUCUUCAAUCAUGGAAGCCUUUCAUGCAUAACUGGCUGGAAGCAAUGGUUACUCUUCAUGAUGCUAAAUCAUCUUCUCCAUUCUACAAUAGUUCAAAAAUUGCCAAUGAUAUCUUGAAGACAUUGUGCAAAGUUGGGGCAGAGGGUAUUCCUCGGAUUUCUUCAAACAUUGCCUUUGCUAUUGCUGCCCUAUGCAUGGUCUUACAUUCAUCAGCUCAUAUGGUGGUGUCUUCUGCAUCAGAAUUUCUUUUGAGGUGGCUGUUUGAAUAUGAGCAUGAACAACGACAGUGGUCUGCUGCAAUUUCUCUGGGUCUGAUAUUUACUCGCUUUGAUGCAACUGAUAGGAAACAAAGGUUUGAAGUGGCAAAUGGACUUCUCAAGGUUCUUUGUAACAGCAAAAGCUAUCUUGUUAAAGGAGCCUGUGGAUUGGGACUGGGUUUUGCUUGUCAAAAUCUUUUGAAUAGGAACACAAUUGAGGACAAUGCUGAUUUGAACAGUGAAACACAACCUUCUGGAUAUACCGAAGCCUCUUUAGCUCAGAGUGUCUUUAGUACCUUAUCUCUGAGAAUAAGUGAGUUAUGUCCUUCUGCAAUGGAUUCUUUGAAGAAUCUUAAUGGUAACUUACAUCAUUUAAUGAGUUCAAAUUCACUUCCUGGAGCUUACUGUAACAUCGAAGAGGAUGCUUGGAGCAUUGUAGGGCUAGUUCUUGGCUUGGGAUAUUCUGUUGUUGCACUCUAUCACUUCGGUCUCUGUGAUGCUGUGCUUAACAUUAAGGAUUUACUGUUUUCAUGGAUUUCAUAUGAUUUCUCUGGACAUAGUUUAUCAGUUUCCGAUGAGUCAGAUAUACCCCUAUGUAUGGGAUCAUGUAUUGCCCUUCCAUUUGUUGCAGCUUUUUGCCAAAGACAUGAAUUAGCAAAGAUUGACUUUGAUCUUCUAUAUGGCCGUUAUUGUUUGUUGAUUUCUCAACUUUUGAAUCUUAAAAAGUCUGGAGCUGUUUAUCAAAAUUUUCUGAUGGCAUCUUGUAUUGGUGCUGGUUCAUUUCUUUCCUGCAUACUGGACAUAGGGGUACACACAGUGAAAAUUGAUGAUGUAAAGCAUCUAAUGGAAAUUCUAAGAAGCACCUAUAAUCUUUCAUAUCCUCCUGCCUGCUUUGGCGGGAUGCUUGGAGUUGUCAAUGCACUUGGUGCAGGUGCUGGUGAUGUUCUUCACAUGUAUCCUCUGGCAACCAUAUCACAGCUGAAUUAUGAUCAGGAAUCAAUGUUUGUCAGUGGUCCUGUUCUUUCAAGUCCUGCUUGUGAAAUACUGGCAACAUCAAUGGUGCAAGAAAUUUUUCUGAUUGCCAAGGACUCAAGUGAUUUGCAAAUUAAAAAAUAUGCUGCUUGGGCACUUUCGCUUCUUAGAUGCAGGUUGCGGUCAAGUGAGCUUCCUAAUCUCAGUUGUUCACAAAAUAUUUCUACAAGUUCAAACUCACAAACUUUCGAGGAGGAAAGUUUAGUUUGGAGACUCUGUAUGUGGCUAAGGGAUAUCAACAAAAUUAAGGAAGAAGGUGAAGUUGUUGAUGCAAAUACAAUUGCAAGUGUUUUAAGAUGUCUUUGCAAAGCUCCUAGAUUGCCUGCUUUGGAUUGGGGAGUUUUCAUUAGACGAUGCAUGCAGUAUGAUUUGAACAUGACUUCAGAAAUGCAAAUGCCACAUGCUAUUCAAUGUCUUCGGAUAGAAUGCUUAAAUCUAUCCUUAGCUCACGCAAGCCAUGUUGGCCCUUUCCUGCAUCUUGUGGACGAGCUCUCUGACUCUUCUAGAUUCGGGAGACUUGAACUAAAUUUGCAAACUUUUCUAUUAGAACAUGUCUCAAAUAUAUGUAAAAUAUUCUCAAGUCAGAGGCUUGAGAAACUGUUCAGUGAUUUGGCCGAGUAUUUUAGUUCAUCUUCUUCAUCAUACUUGACUUGCAAACCAGAAGAGAAAAAAUUAUUAAGAGUUUCGUUUUGGAAUGGUCUGCAUCAAUGUCUUGUUGAGGCCCCUAAAGAAUUCAUAAUCCAAGCAAAUGCUGAAAAGUGCAUGGUCUGUUUGUUUCACUUGUUGCCUACAUUGAUCUAUGAUGGCCUUUCGAAAGAAUAUACCGAGUCCAAAGGGGAAUGGUCAGUUGCUACAAGUUGCUUUUCUGAAGCUCCUAAAGAGUGGCUUGUGGAUAUGCUACAGGUUCCAGUUCUUCAUCAGUUGCAUGGUGAACACAACUCAUUUAUUGCAAAGAUAAUCUCCACAAAAGCUAAGCUUAUUGGAAGAUGUUUUCCUGUUUCCGAACUGUCUGAGUUAAAAUUUCAGAUUUUGAAUGGAAAAACUGAAGGUGCAUGGUGGAACAUGCUUGUGGAAGUUGCUAAAGCUCUAUCAGUCGCAGAGGGUAGGGUCAAAAGACAGUGGCUUCUUGAUGCUUUCGAGAUUUGCUGUGUGUCCGAAUAUCCCUCAACGGCACUGCGUUUUGUGGGUCUGAUAUCGAGCAUUUGCUGCGCGUAUAUGCCUCUUCUGAUAAUUGAUCCAACAGCCGUCCUAAGUGACUUGCCUGUCACUUUGCCUUCUCUCCUCUCCGACAGCUCCUGGAGCUCCAUCACAGCUCCAGUCGCCGAUAAGCUCUGGAUUUCUACUGAGCGCAUCUGCGUCUGGGCAGGACACAUAGGUGAUUCCGGUGGUGUGCUGGCCCAGAAGAACCACAUUGAUGCUAGCGAAAUCAAUUCAUCAGUCUUACUUUCACGCAUUACGUUCGAAACCUGCCUUGCACUAAAGGAGUUCUUACCCUUCGAAAAGCAAUUGAAGCUUGUGAACCUCGAGGUGGUCGAACUCCAAGAUGGGGAUCAUCAAUGCAAGUGAAUUUUGUUUGCCAGUCUCAUCAUCUUAAAGUUCUUACCCUCGGAAAAGUGAAACUUGCUAACCUUGAGCUCGAUUGAUUCUGAGACGGUAACAUUCUUCUUAAGUUACAUUUGAUAGUUCAUUGCUUUUUAGUAUUAGUGUUUUGUUCCAGUUAUACCUUUUCUAUUGUAUAUUUUAUUUCAAUCACAGAUAUUCACCCAAUUGUAAAUCCAAAAGAUACUUAAACACACGAUUCCAACAA